AUGAAGCUGCGAGUCCGGCUUCAGAAGCGGACUGGGCCGCUGGAGAUGCCGGAAGCGGAGCCGACGCUGGGCCAGCUGCGCGCGCACCUGGGUCAGGUCCUUUUGCCCACCUGGGGGUACAGUUCUGAUACCCGGUUUGCAAUUACAUUGAACAACAAGGAUGCCCUCACUGGAGAUGAAGAGACCUUGGCUUCAUAUGGGAUUGUUUCUGGGGACUUGAUAUGUUUGGUUCUUGAAGAUGCCAUUCCAGCACCUAACUUACCUUCAUCCACAGAUUCAGAGCAUUCCUCACUCCAGAAUAAUGACCAACCCCCUUUGGCCGCCAGCUCCAACCAGUCCAGCAAACAAGAUGAACCACUGAGUGAUUCAUUCUCAGGACAGGCAGCCCAAUCUGAUCUCUGGAAUGAUGACAGUAUGCCAGGGCCUAGUAGUGAUGUUGGAGCGGAGUCUGUACCAGACGCUGUGGAGAUGGAAGAGGGCGCAGGUUUCUACUACUCAGAACCGAUGCUUUGCAGUGAGACGGUGGAAGGACAAGUGCCCCAUUCCUUAGAGACCCUGUACCAUGCCGCUGACUGUUCGAAUGCCAAUGAUGCCUUGAUCGUAUUGAUCCAUCUUCUCAUGUUGGAGUCAGGCUACAUACCUCAGGGGACAGAAGCCAAGGCGGCAUCCAUGCCCGAGAAGUGGAAGUCGGGCGGUGUGUACAAGCUGCAGUACACACACCCGCUGUGCAACGGUGGCUCGGCUGCUCUCACCUGCGUGCCUUUGGGGAAACUCAUUGUCGUAAACGCCACCCUAAAAAUCUGCAAUGAGAUCAGAAGUGUAAAACGAUUGCAGCUGCUGCCGGAGUCUUUUAUUUGCAAAGGGGAACCAGAGGACAAUGCAGCCAAAGUAUACAAAGAUCUUCCGAAGCUCUCCCGCCUCUUCAAAGACCAGCUGGUGUACCCACUUCUGGCUCUCAGCCGACAAGCCCUGAACCUACCAGAUGUGUUUGGGUUGGUAGUCCUCCCGUUGGAGCUGAAACUACGUAUCUUGCGACUUUUGGAUGUUCGCUCAGUCCUGUCUUUGUCUGCAGUUUGUCGUGACCUCUGCAUUGCUGCCAGUGACCCGCUGCUGUGGAGGUGUCUGUACCUGAGGGAUUUCCGAGAUAGUACAGCCAGAGCUCGAGACACAGAUUGGAAAGAGCUGUACAAGAAGAAACACAAGCAGAGGCGGGAGAUGCAGAGAGGGCGGCACGCGAUGUUCCAGCAGACGCCGUCCCAUAACCACCCGUUCUACCCCUACCCCCCCUACCCCUUAUACACUAGGCCUUUUCCCUCCAACCCUCUCUAUCCUCCAGGGAUUAUCGGAGGAGACUACGAUGUGAGGCCAAUGCUACCCUUUGUUGGGGACCCAAUCAAUUCACUCAUCCCUGGUCCUGGGGAGACUCCUGGCCAGUUCCCUCCACUCAGACCACGUUUCGAUCCAACUGGCCCUCUCCCAGGACCGAACCCCAUCUUGCCAGGGCGAGGAGGCCCCAAUGACCGGUUUCCCUUCAGACCCAGCAGGGGUCGGCCAACUGACAGCCGGCUACCGUUCAUGUGA